AAGCUGUCAGUUCCACAAAUCAUAUUCCUGCGGUGAUGCUCUUAGAAAUGUCACAGUUUUGUUCGUGGAGAACUCUCCUCUUACUACUUUCAACAGUGGGUUAUGGACAUGCAUCCAAGUGCACAACGCGCCGAUGUCUGGCUGAAAUGCUAAUCAAGAAAAAAAUGACAUCUCAGCCACAGUAUGAAAACUGUACCCAAGAAAUAGAUAUUCCACUCAUUGAGUACCAAACAUUAGCAGUUGACACAAAGAAUCUCCAUUUAGUUAGUUCUCUUAAGGUCACAAUGGUUUGGAAAGAUCCUGAGCUGCAAUGGAACACAUCUGAGUACGAGUACAAUCAGGUGGUCGUACCGGUUAAUACAGUCUGGACGCCAGUGAUUCGCAUAACAAAUGGAGUUUCAACGACGACAAAACACAGUUCCAGUGACCUGCUGGUGCACAGUAACGGCAGCCUGAAGCACAGUUUGCUCAUAUAUACAGAGGUGAACUGUGAGGUCAACCUGUUCAACUAUCCGUUUGCUUCUGAUGCAUGUCCUGUCGCAAUCCACACCUGGAGCAGCAGCGAAUGUGGUACAACAAUGAAUCUGGAUAAACUGAAGAUGUCUGAUAGUUCACAUGGAGAUUGGCAAACUGACUCUGUGGCCUUUGACAAAAAACCAAAUGGCCAAAAUUACAUUUUGGUGAAACUGAGAAUCCGAUUCCUCAACCCCUUCAUAACCUUGAUGAUGCCCAGUAUCCUGAUUAUCGUGGCUGAUGUGGUGAGUUUUGCUCUUCCUCUGGGAGGUGGUGAGCGCAACUCCUUCAAGGUGACUCUGGUGCUCAGCUUCACCAUGUUCCUCAUCAUCCUCAACGACGAGCUCCCUGGAGACAGCUACUGCCGGCCCAUCAUCCGAACCCACUUCUGCAUUUGUCUGGUUACCCUGGUAGUGAGCAUGUUGGUGUCCAUGGUGCUUACACGAGUGGCCAAAGAAGGAGGCAUUAUGUUCUGCUGCAGAUCCAAAUGUUCAACAAGAAAAAAAGACAAAAAAGAGGACGAGGAAGAUAAAGCUGACAUCAGCGUUAUCCAGCUGAGCGCCUCGGAGCAGAACAGUCACGUGAUCAGAAAGGUGGUCAGCUUCCUGGAUGCUCAAGAUGCCAAGGAACAGGAAAGUGAGAAAAAACAGAAAAUUGCCAACAUGGUGGACAAGACAGUAUUCUGGAUGUAUUUUGUUCUUGCCCUUUCUUACUUUUGUGGAAUGUUUUAUGUGUUGGUGAAUCGUGUGUGUAGUAUCGACCACUUUGACUUUUAUUCUGAUUACGAUUAACUUCCUUUUCUGAUGCUGCAUGUCUUUACUAUAAUAAAAAUAAAAUGGCACAAUUUCAGGUCAGUAAGUUGAUGUAAAUAUAAGCAUUCUUUCUCUUGUUUCUCUUACAUUUGUAUAUCCUCUGAUAGUGAUACUGAUUUUUUCCAGAAGAAAAUGUGUUACCACAUUUAUGAAAAUCUCAUCUGAUUUUUACUUCCUUUUAGACUUUUUCAGUCAACAGAAUGACGUUUACUCAAACACAUAGAAGUAGUCUAACCUAUUGUGACACUUGUUUCUUUGCAUGUUUGCAUUUUGAUGAAUGAAAGUAGGUGCCUUCAUUUUAGUACAACCACAACAUCUGAACAGAUUUACUGCAAAAAAUCUGAUAAGACAAUGCACAGACAUUUAAUACAGAUUUGUACAGAUUUGACUUCAGGUCAAUAAAAACAUUGCCUUCACUACUUACUGUUUUUUUUUUUUUUUUUGAUACAUCCAGGUGUACUAGAGAUGUUAUUUUACUCACUGAUGUGUGUCUCGGCGUGGAUGACUUACUUAAAUCAUCCCUUAGUUACUGAAGCUGCAAAAUACUCCUGUUCAUUUGUUGCCACCUAGUGGUUAAACAAUUCCCUGCAGACUAAGAGCGCUUGAGGCCAUG